AUGCCAAAGUGCCCUAGCUGCGAUAAGGAGGUCUAUUUCGGUGCGAUUUACUUUGCUCAUCCUGCUAGCUAAUGUUCUUCCUCUAGCUGAGCGUGUGACGUCCCUCGGAAAGGACUGGCAUCGGCCAUGCCUGAAGUGCGCGAAGUGCGGCAAAACGCUCUCGCCAGGGGCGCACGCUGAAGUAUGUCCCCGAGUUUUUUUAAUGUAUUUUGGACUGAUUUGGGCGCAAACCACGAUUAAAAUAAGUGUACUAAAGGUCAAAAUAUCGAACUAGACAGUGUUUAUUCAAAGUUUUAAGCAUAGUUUACACUUUGCUACCACUCACUUGAGAUGUGGAACUACGAUCAUAUACUAUUGCAUACAUCGGGGCAUGCUGACGCUCAUUUGCAGUUUUUCAGCUUCUUAUUUUCCCCAGAAAUUAAUCGUUAACUUUGGGCUAAUCAGUCUGUUUGGGACUUAUAGGUCUAGACUGAAUUUUUAUAUGAAUAUUUAGGCCAAAAGUCCAUCAGCCACUGCGGAAUAACCGCGUAAUAUUCAUAAACUGCCAACAGGCAGCCAACAGUAUAUACUGAGAUAGCACGACAUACCAUAUCGUACUUUUAGCUAGUAUCUGUGCUGUCAAAUAUGGUAUGUCGUACUAUCUCAGUACUUAUAAUUUUGUCAAUCACCCACAAAGAUUAAUAAUAAGUAAGAUAUGCUCUUUCGGUUACUUCUUCGUAUGUGGCUGAAUAAUCUUUUCUGAUUGGGUAUGAAUUCGGUUGUUGCAGUCAUUCAUUGUAAGAAAUCAAGUCAAAUUCAACAAGAGUAAAUAGAAGUCUUAAAAACAUACCCAGUUUUUGGAGAAAUGGCUGACAUUUCUAAGUAUCAAUCCACAUGAAUACAAAUUGGAGGCAUCUUCAUAGAUAUACCGUAGGAUUUUACAGGGAUAAAUCAUUCCAAUCGUCAAGGGCCAUGACUAAACUAGAAAAACGGUAUACUCCGUCGGCAGAAUCAACAAAGAUGUGGGUGAUAUGGUUCGCACAUAUACGCAUACACCUUUCUGAAAUUAAGGUGUCUAACCGUGACAAGUCAGAACUUGUCAAUUUAUUUUUUACAAUCAUACUCAUGGUAAAUGUAUAAAUAAAGCAUUUCCAGCACUAUAACAAGGACCCCCUUCCAAAAAUCGCCUUUCAUGAAGAUAACCCCUACGGUAGAAAUUUAUACUUUACUAGUAGAAUCCCGGAAGUAGGUAAUGUUUAGUGAAAACGAAAUGAUUAAACGCUUAAAAGACUCACACGUCAAAAUCCUUAAAAAGUCCAACCUUGUGCAAGAAGGCAAAAACCUCGUAAGUGAGAAGUGAUUGCGAUAAAAUUUUACAAAAACAAGCCCAUAAACUAGGCCUUAGUCCUUUUCCAAAAAAUAUUUUGGAAUUCAGUGCGACAAUGAACCUUAAAUUAUAAUUAUAGUGGAUGUGUCGUGGGAGCAUUUUAUUCCGACUUAAACAUGUACCUGGAACAGGCCUGACUGAUAAACGUCAACACCACCCAAAAGCAGCUACUAUCAUACUUAUCCUUGUUGUUUUAUGGUUUUCCUCGACAACUUUUAGUCAACGGAACGAGUGAGUUCCGUAGGAACGAUCGGUGAGCGCCCCCAACCAUUGUAUAUUCCCGAUUGAAAACCGGCAAGGCAACGGGCUCGUGGCCCAGUGGUUAGGGGCGGGGACUUCUAAAUAACAGGUCGCGAGUUCGAGCCUCGGGUGUUGCACACUUUGGGGUUGGGUAUGGCUGGCUGACGACGGCUAAUAAGCCAGAAAUGGUCAUUCUAGUCUCCCUUGUCUUUGUCGGUAAUGCCAUUCUGUCAAUAGAUUUUGGGUCCGCUGAAUCUUUGAGCAUUCACGACUAUUGUACGAUGUACCUGAACAAAAGAUGCCGUCAUCCAUCGAUACCUUGAAUUGCCUGAAUGCGUUUUAUCUAUUGCGAAACCGGUCUGGAUAUGUGCAAGAAUGUAACGUCGAGGUUGUCAACUGAAAACGUAGCAGAACGCAGCGGCUGCCAAGACUCAAACGGGGUCUUUUAGUUUUUUUAACAGUGAUUCGGAGAACCUUAACUCACUUUUAGUCCAGUCGAUUUAUCCAAGCGCAAUAGAGUCAAAACUUCAUUCUUUCGGACGCGAUCUGCAUAAACUCUUUGUGUAAUCAUUACAUAACUAAAUCUCAAAACGUUCUUAAAGUUUUUUUGAAGAGGACACUGUCAGGAACUAACUGAACUAUAGGACAACGCAAAAAUUUGAAAGUAAUCUAUCCAGUGAUUCGCCUCCGUCAAUUGGUCAAUAACGUUUUAUUUUAACGAAAUCGGGAUAAAACAACGAUCUAAAUGAAACCGCCGUAAAUAAACAACGAUUUUCACGCCACCAAUCUUCCUCCACGGGCAUGAGUCGUAAUCCAAACAGAGAAUAAAGUAUGCUCUGCUAAAAAAAAGGCCGAAAAUAUAUGGCAUUUUCCCGUACAUCAGAGCUUCAUUUCUCAGGGACAAUAGUCCAUAUUAUUCCUUCAAAAUUUAAGAACCACAAACUUCCCUUCCGUACGUUUUGAAUUAGCUCAUAUCUAACAUUUAAAAUAGCUUGUUGCACUUAAGUGCUUUUACCUUAAAAAGCGUUUGUUUCACUUUGCAUGCGACGAACAAAAUGCCUCAGAGUGACGCAGAUCUUCCUUCUGAACGAUACUCAGUUGAUUUUAUAGUUGGAGAAAUAGUAUUUUAAUAAUAUUUGAUAGGACAGUGUACGCCAUUCAAAUGGUCUAGGUUGUGAUUUUGACUGUUAAGCAUAUUUGAUCCAAGAAUUUAGAUACAUGACUUAUUGACCGUUCCUUAUUAACCAGUAGACUACUUUCUGCAUCCCGAAUGAUCAUUAUAAUGCUAAUUCUCUGAAAACCCACGCCCUUUUUUCUAUUCAGCAUGAUGGGAAGCCUUAUUGUAAUACGCCGUGCUAUAAAGCACUUUUUGGACCUAAAGGUAAGUGUAGAAAGCGAAUUAAAUCCACAUACAUUGAGCUUGUGCCUUUAGUGUUAGAAGUUUGUACGUCUAAGCUCAUCAACAUAGAUAGAGUAGUAUUCCUGGUGUCUAUAAUUUCCUAUAAAAGCAUAUAUCUUUUACACGUUUCGGUUUUGCAAACGAUGAUCUUAGAGAGGUCAGCAUACAAGUUUUCAGCAUAUUUCUCCUAAACAUCAGCAUAUUCAUGUGACUUCCCAUAAGUGUUUAUCGAUCUUGCUCGCUUCUUCGGUACUUACCUUACCGGACGGUAUCCAGUCGAUUAACUAGUUUCCUUUCCGAAACAAGCUGCUUUGGCUAAGAUUUCUACUUGUGAGUUAUUUUAGUUAUUUCCAAUGCCGUAGAAACUGGCUAACAUCGUGCAAUACGCUAUAAUUUUCCAUCGGGUGCAAUUUUUGGUGGGCUUGCAGAAAUACGCCAAGGCAACCGUCAGACAAGUCUUAGUUGUUACACCUACUAGCGAUCACAGUUUGAAGACCGUAUCAGUUGCCACGAUGUACAUCAUUUUAGCUGAGACCGCCGGCGUUACCGCUGAUAUGUACUCCCUGAAGGACCAUUCGGUGUUUGGCUCACGCACAACUUACGUCAUGAUAUUUUGUUUACGUCCCCCGGCGUCCUUACACAACACCGCCCGCAAGAUGUUGCGUCCAACCUUCGUUUGUGCACUCUCAGUUGGCAGCAAGGGGCGAAGGUACGCUUUCGACUAUGCUGAGACAGUGUUCACUCUAUCCUGAAGUUCGCUAAGAAACAAUGGCGGGCGUUUGAGCGAAGGGUAUAUGUCAACAUAGUAAACCAUACCUCGAGGCGACAGGGAUUUAACCAAACAUUUCCGCGAUAGAAAAGGUUUUAGUCCUUGGGGAGUUUUUGCUCAUGAAGCAGCCAGUCUGCAAGAGAGCAAGUUUGUUACGCUUCAAACUGAUGUCCAGACAUUCAAAGCCUUUGUCGGACUGAUGCACUUUACUUUAAGACCGAUUUAAUAUUUCAAAAUGGAGUGGUCUCGCAAUUAACUGAAGGGCAGUAGGGAAUAACAGUUGCAUCUGUAAAAGGGGAAGACAGUUUUACUAUAAAAUGCCUGUCUUUUGUCGUAGAGCUCGCAUAAACUUUCCUUAAAGAGUUUCUAAGUAGAAGGUUAAAUCGUGCUCUCUACACUUGCAACAUCAAGUUUUCUUAUUGUCGCCCAUCGUGACAAUAAAGUAGGCAGUCAUUUACUGUAAAGUAGAAAAUUCAACCUUCAUAAAGGAAUUUAGAAAUCGAGCGAUCUCCACUGCGGAUGGCGCAAAAAUCCAUCAUUUCCACAGCAGGAUCUGAAAAUGUGGAGGUUAUUGUAUAAUGCUAUGUCUUACUUCCAAGGUCGCCUUUAGCGUUAUUAUACGUGGGCUCGGAAUUUUCGCCGAAACCAUCUGAUUGAAGUUAUUACCUAAUGAAGAACACUUUAUUGCAUUCGAAAACUCGAACUCUACAGGGAAUGUUCUAGGAAGCUUAAAUUCAGAGCAGUAAUGAAAUGCAUGUAGGAAUCGCUAAAGUACCACUUCGUCGUCACUAUCCUUUGUGAGUAACUGUUACACAGGAUUUUUAAGCACCUUAGUUGUGGGGGCGGGAAAUGCAAGAUUAUUUUUGUAAAGUUUUCCACAAUUUGAAAGACAUGUGUUCAAAACGACGUUUAAAAUGUUCGUUAACAAGAAUAUUUUUGAACUGAGAAGCUUCUAAUACCAAUAAACUGCACCUUCCUCUCCCGACAUGUUAGGAUAUGCUGAAGAUUUCGGAGUUAUAUGAUAACUUCAAACUAUGACAAUCAACCAUUGGCAUUUUUCAGGUGUUGGGGUCGGAAGCUCUUAUCAGUACGAUUGA